CGAGAGAGAGACGCCACAGGUGCUCUGCUCCACUUACCUUUAAUCCUCAAUCGAAGCUACUCACAAGGAAAACCAUUCGCGAAUCAUGCUCAGAUUAAACGCCAAUCAUCCUUCGAUUCCGAAGAUAUCCCACAGGGUUUGUAACAGAAAGCUCGGGAAUCACUAUGAUUCUUCGUCGAUCGUUAGAUAUGGCGGAAUUGGUACGAAGAAGGAGCUGGUUCUGAGCGUUUCGGUGAAAGCAAUGGAGGACAAAGGUAAUGGCAGUGGAAGCAUGAGUUUCUCUGGACAAAGCUGGGAUCCAAGUUCGGAGAUUCAAGUUCCUUCAGACCAAAGACCGGUGAAUGAGUAUUCGUCUUUAAAGGAAGGGAUGUUGUAUUCAUGGGGAGAAUUGGGUCCAAGCCAAUUCUUUCUUCGUCUCGGUGGUCUUUGGUUGGUGACUUUCACUGUUCUUGGAGUUCCCAUCGCUGCUGCUAGCUUUAAUCCUUCCAGAGAACCUUUGCGGUUUGUUCUAGCUGCAGGGACAGGAACCUUAUUCCUCGUCUCAUUGAUUGUCUUGAGAAUUUACCUGGGAUGGAGCUAUGUUGGAGAUAGACUGCUUUCUGCAGUUGUGCCAUACGAAGAGAGUGGAUGGUAUGAUGGCCAAAUGUGGGUGAAGCCACCAGAGGUAUUGGCUCGCGACAGGUUGUUAGGUUCUUACAAGGUGAAGCCAGUAAUCAAGAUGCUCAAACAAACAUUAGUUGGAACAGGAGCUUUACUGGUUUCAGCAUUCGUGCUGUUCGUUUUUGCAACACCAGUCGAGGAUUUCUUUAAAACCACCCUAAGUUCUAAGGAUAACCAACCAGAAGUUUCCAUCUCCAGAACCAACAACAACAAGUUCAAUAUGAGAAAAGAACAAUUGCUUCGGUUGCCCUUAGAUGUUGUGACCGACGAUGACUUGGCAGCGGCGGCGGCUGAGGCUGCUGAUGGAAGACCUGUGUACUGCAGAGACCGUUACUACCGUGCAUUAGCCGGUGGUCAAUACUGCAAAUGGGAAGAUCUUGUUAAAUAGCUGUCAUACUAGAAUAAGAACGAGAACACAUAUAUACACCAAAGUAUCUGAAGAAAUCCAUAAAGCGAAGUCAUAAUGGAAUCUCAGAUGAAGAACAAUCUAGUCAGGUGAUAAUCUAUCACCUUAUCAGGUUACAGAAAACUGAAAAUUGAAAUCGAUGCUUGCUUAUUAUAUCCGAUAACCGACGAGUGGAUCU